AUGAGUCUAUUCUUUGACCAUAUCCAUGUGGCAGAGUCGACAUUCUCUACCGCAAACGACCGCCGCACACGAGAUGGGUUCGACACCGUUCUUUUGAACACAGCUAUGUGGAAUUCCUUGUCUACUCUUGGAGAGGAGCGCAUCGUUAUAUCGAUAUCAGCUCCACAGAUAGAUAUGCUUCAACGUGUGGGACUGCGAUCAGUGGUGUGUUGGGCAAGACACGACGAGACUGUGUUUGACGUCGUCAUCCCCUCUCAUUGGAUAAAUACAUUUGGCGCUAUAUUUUCUCCAGCUUUCUCGUCUCUGGCGUACAGUCCACGCUCAUUACAUAUAUAUACUGCACAACCAGUACUUGUCGCAGAAGUUGUUGUGACAGCUCUCACGAUUGAGGCAUAUAAGCUCGCGCACAAUCAAGGACACGUUCUUGAUGAUUGGUUUUGUCAGGACGAUCUCAUCAUUCGCGAGGGCCAAACCUUUACCUUCACUUCUAACUUGGAUAGAGAGUGUGGAACAGGUCAUGACCAGGCGAAGUUCUAUCCUUAUCGCGUAGACAUGGUAGAGCCGUGCCAGCAAGGGUUCGCUAGAAAGCAUCAUACGCGGUAUAUCGUGACUUUCACGAAUAUCCCUGGAGAAGGGUCAGCUCAAGGCCGAGCCAUAGAAAUCCAGCAUGGCGAUGAUGAAGGCUGUGACAAAGAGAUGGUUGAAAUUGGCGAGAGUUUUCUCUCAAAUACAGUGAACGCUGCAACGACCACUUCAUUAUUUAUUUCCUCAGAAGAUAUCCCAUUGGCCGAUAUGACCUAUUGUAUGAAACCUUUGAGACAGCCUAUUUUCUUGGCAGACGAUGAGCAUUCCAUAUAUCUGCGAACCCUUGAUCUGGGGAAACUUGGCAUACUCAGUGGUGAUUGGGUAAUCAUUCAUCCCUUGGAUUGUUCUAGAUCUAGAUUGGUUCGUGUUUCCGCUCUGGACGACUUAGUAACCUCUCCUGAUUUUGUCUUCGCGUCCCCAUUGCUACUCCACAAUAUGUGCCUGGAUGCUUCUAGCCAGGUCGCAGUUCGCGCUGUCCCCCAUAGUCACUCACCACUCAAUGCCCCAUUUGCCGAAAGCAUCACCAUAGAACGGGUUUCAUCCUUCUUCUCGACAGGAAACCACUAUCAGCCUCUCUAUCUCCGCGCCCUUAAGACAUACUUCCAAAGCACGAGACAUUUGGUGAAGCAAGGUGAUUUAAUAGCAGUGGCUAUCGACACGGACGACACUUGCUACUCGUCUAAUCUUGGUGAAGACGAAAUGUCAGAUCCGGCGCUCUAUUCAUUUUUUGCGCCUCGCGGCAAUGAGCUAGUAUUCUUCGUGAUCACCCAUAUCAAUUACGCCAAGUUCACUAGUGGGUCGGCUGACCCACUCUAUACAUAUCCGGAAAUCGCGAGCGGAGCACUUGGAUGCUGGGUAGAUGCUAAUGAGACUCGGAUCAUUCAGGCUGGCCUGGCACACAGUCAAGUACCUGACAUUACCCCUUACUUCAAAUGUGACCUAGGCUGGCCGAAAUCUGGUCCAUUCUUACCUGGGGCGGCAAGAGCUUCUUCUAACGUUUUAAAAUUAUCAAAUGCGUCUACAAUCAGAGAAGCCAUUGACUACGGGCUUAGUCUCUCUUUUCUGCUCAAAGGUAACAGAGGUGUAGGGAAGUUCACUGUUGCAGCUUGGCUUGCUCAAAAAAUUGGAUUACAACUUUAUGAGAUCAAUUGCUUCGACACUGUUGGCGAGACGGAUGUUCUCACAGCAGGCACUUUGAGUGCACGGAUGGAGAGGGUAGCUUCCUGCGCUCCUUGCAUUUUGGUUUUACGCCACGUAGACGCUUUAACUAAGGCAACUCAAUCUGGAGAGCCUGCAAAAGAAAUUAUUGUGGAAUCUACUUUGCACGAACAUCUCGUCAGUCUUCAGCAAAGCUGGAAAUCAUCAGGGCAAUCUGUCAUUGUAUUCGCAACUACCAGCGAACCCACGCGGCUUGCUCCUGGUAUCCUGUCUUGUUUUAAACACGAGAUAGUUUUCGAGGCUCCACCCGAACCGGAUAGAUAUGAAGCUUUAAAAUUCCAGACUGAUGGCAUGCCGUUGGGCCCCGACGUUGAUAUAUCAGGGCUAGCGGUACAAACAGCUGCUUUCGUUGCCUCUGACCUGUACGCGCUUGUCAGAUACACAGAAGUUGUGUCGGAAAGGCGAUUAGGUCACGCAAGGGUGUACCAUUCGCUCGGUGAGGCUCCGAUUACCACCACUGCCGACCUGGAUGCAUCACUUCAAACGGCACGAAAGUUGUACUCAGAAAAUAUUGGCACACCCAAGAUACCAGAUGUGUCGUGGGACGACGUUGGUGGCCUGAUAUCUAUAAAAAAUGAUAUUUUGGAUACUAUCCAACUACCUCUUCAUCAUCCGGAAUUAUUUUCAGAUGGUUUGAAGAAGCGCUCAGGCAACUAUGUUCAGCUUGCCAUGUUGCGUGUUUUGAUUUCAGUUGAUUUAGGUAUUUUGUUGUAUGGUCCCCCUGGAACUGGGAAAACGUUGUUAGCGAAGGCGGUGGCUACGUCAUGCUCCUUGAAUUUCUUCUCCGUCAAAGGUCCUGAACUGCUAAACAUGUACAUCGGGGAAUCAGAAGCGAACGUCCGUCGUGUUUUUCAAAAAGCUAGGGACGCCAAGCCAUGCGUGAUAUUUUUUGACGAACUCGAUUCAGUAGCCCCAAAAAGAGGGAAUUUUGGCGAUUCGGGUGGUGUUAUGGACCGUAUCGUAAGUCAAAUUUUAGCCGAGUUGGACGGGAUGUCUCAAGGACCCGCUGGGUCUGAUAUCUUUGUAAUUGGAGCAACUAAUCGCCCGGAUCUACUCGAUCCUGCUCUGCUUCGGCCUGGCAGAUUUGAUCGUUUGUUAUAUCUCGGUCUUAGCGAAUCACAUGAUACGCAGUUGGAUAUCAUCCAGGCUCUCACCCGAAAAUUCCGCCUUGAUCCUUCCUUGGAUUUGCAAUCAGUGGCCGACCGAUGUCCUUUCAAUUACACAGGCGCUGACUUCUACGCGCUUUGUUCGGAUGCGAUGCUGAAUGCUAUGUCAAGAAAAGUAGAAUAUCUUGAUGCUAAAAUAGGUCAAUCAAGGCAGACAUUAGAUGCUCAGCCAUUUCUACUACAAAAUUACUUGAUGGAGUAUGCCACGUCUUCUGACACGGAUGUCAUUGUUACGGAGCAAGAUUUUGAUUUGGCAUUGCAAGAACUCGUUCCGAGCAUUAGCCAGUCCGAAAUGGAUCAUUAUACUGCUAUUAGGGAUCGCUUUUCCGACCAACUAAUUCAGGAUAAUUGA